AUGGUGUUGCAAGGCGGUUACCGCUAAACCCCUGCUCCAUACACGGCCAAAUUGCAAUAGUAUCCGGGCAUUGCAAUAAGGAGGCCGUUUUCGAGAUCGACGUCAGCUCUGUGGAAUGUCCACCAUGGCUGGUGCCAAAAACACCACUCACCUGCUGAAGCACCUGAGGUCGCUCAUGAAGAACACCAAAUAUGUCAAUGAAGAGCUACAUGCCUACAUUGUGCCAUCAGCGGACUCUCACGGGAGUGAAUACCUGGCGGCGUGCGACGAGCGGCGCGCCUUCCUGACCGGCUUCACCGGCUCGGCCGGCACGGCCGUGGUGACGCAGACACACGCCUGCCUCUGGACCGACGGACGGUACCACCUGCAGGCGCGCGCCGAAAUGGACCUCAACUGGACGCUCAUGAAGGAUGGCGUGGCCGGCACCCCGACGCAGGGCGAGUGGCUGUCGUCGACGCUGCCGGCGACGGGCGGCGCGGUGGGCGUCGACCCGCGCCUGCUGUCGUCGCGCGUCUGGGACACCCUGGCGGCCGAGCUGUCCGCCGCUGGCCACAGCCUGCGGCCUGUCCAGCAGAACCUGGUCGACCUGGUCUGGAACGAGCAGCCGGCGCGCACCUCCAACGCAGUGCUGCCGCACCCCGUCAAGUACACAGGGAUGUCGGUGAAGAGCAAGCUGGAGGAAGUCCGCAGUCAGAUGCAGCAGCGCAAGUGCACGCUGCUGGCGAUCGCGGCGCUGGACGAGAUCGCCUACCUGCUGAACCUGCGCGGCAGCGACAUCGUCUUCAACCCCGUGUUCUUCUCCUACUGCGUGGUGCUGCCCGACACGGUGCACCUGUUCAUCGACGCGCAGAAGCUGAGCUCCGGGGUGGCCCAGCACUUCGCCGAUGAGGGCGUCUCCGACCUGCAGCUGCACGGAUACGAGGACGUCUGGUCAUUCCUGAAGGAUAAGGCGGCCGAGAUGGACGGCAAGGCCUGGCUCUGUCCGUUGGCCAGCCACGCGCUGACCGCCAUAUUCGACAGAAGCCAGCGCGUGCUGGAACGUACCCCGCCCUGUACCAUGAAGGCCAUCAAGAACGACACCGAGAUACAGGGCAUGCACAGCGCGCACGUGCGGGACGCGGCGGCACUGUGCACCUACCUGAGCUGGCUGGAAGAGCAGGUGUCGGCUGGUCACAACGUCACCGAAGUGUCCGGCGCCCAGAAGCUAGACGCGCUACGGGCCGAGCAGGACCUGUUCGUGAGCCUGAGCUUCUCCACGAUAUCGUCUUCGGGUCCGAACGGUGCCGUCAUUCACUACCACCCGGCGGCCGCCACCGACCGGCCCAUUACGGCCGACGAGCUGUACCUGGUCGACUCGGGAGGCCAGUACAGAGAUGGCACUACUGACGUCACGCGCACCGUCCACUUUGGCCAUCCAACCAAACACCAAAAGGAGUGCUUCACGCGCGUGCUGAAGGGCCAGAUCGCGCUGGCCACGGCCGUCUUCCCGAACAAGACCCGGGGCACACUGCUUGACCCGCUGGCUCGGCUGGCGCUCUGGAAUGUGGGCCUCGACUACUCGCACGGCACUGGCCACGGCAUCGGCUCCUAUCUGAACGUGCACGAGGGCCCGAUGACGAUCCAUAGCCGGCCGCAGCCACCCUCCGAGGCCGGCCUCGAGCAGGGCAUGUUCGUCUCAGAUGAGCCGGGCUACUACGAGGACGGCCAGUUCGGAAUUCGGCUGGAGAACAUUGUGCGCGUGGUACCGGCGGCCACCAAGCACAACUUCGGUGGGCGCGGCUUCCUGACGUUCACGCACGUCACGCUGGUGCCGGUGCAGACCAAGAUGCUGGUGCCGGAGCUGCUCACGCAGCAGGAGAUCGGCUGGCUGAACGACUAUCACGCCGAGUGUCGCGAGACGGUGGGUGCCGUGCUACAGGCGCAGGGCCGCACCGCCGCGCACGCCUGGCUUUUACGCGAGACGGAGACGCUCGGAUAGCCGGACCGGCGCGGACCGGCCGGCGGGCCGUGGCUGAGGUCUCAGCGACGCUGGACCGGUGCCUGCCAGCCGGCCGCGCGGGCGGGCUGUGGCUAAGGUCUCAAGCGGCGCUGGACCGGUGCCGACCGGCCGGCCUCGCGGGCGGGCUGUGGCUGAGGUCUCAACCGGCGCUGGACCGGUGCCUGCCAGCCGGCCUCGCGGGCGGGCCGUGGCUGAGGCCUCAUGAGGCGCUGGGCCGCUCCUGUCGUGGAUCUUUGGUCAGAUGUCUGGCUCGGUGCCAGACGGACUUUGGUGGACGGUGCUGACGCGCUGCAGGAUUCCGCGGGACGCAGCGAGCUGCUUCACUUCUCAAAACGAGGAGAAUACAAGUUACAAAUUGUUA